UCAGAGGGUCACUUAACCAUCUCAUUCAAACCCUAAAAUAGAAAAGAAUGAGGUUUGAGAAGAGUGGAGAGGCACUCUGCUAGGGUUUCACGUGCGGCCUCCCUCCGCGAGCUUUGAUAGUGCGGCGGACUGCUACUAUAGCGUCGUCGCAGCUAAGGUGGACGGCCGGAUAUGCAAAGGGAAAGAGGAGAUAGCUAAAAAGGGAAACGAAGAAAGGUAGAGGGUGGUGGCCGCCACCGGAAAUCGUUUUCGACGGUGGUGUGUGGUUCGUCUCGGUCGGGCAUAGUAAAGGUCCAUGGAAAAGGCUAAAGGUCGACGAUGCCGCCACCGAAAAUCACCUCCGACGGCAGCGCGUGGCGGUGCACGGCGACACUCGCGGUGGCCGAAAAUCGCCUCCAGCAGAGGUGCAUAAUGGUGUUCACGGGAAGCACCUUUUUUCCUGUUGGUCCAAGCUCAUGCUUUUGGAAGCAUAUAUGGCACAAACAUGCUCUUGGGGACAUGUUGGUGGCUAGGGCAGAGGAGCGCAGCAAACUUGUUGGAGGAGAAAUAACCGUACAGAAAAGCGUGGGAUGGCAGAGAUUUUGGGUGCAGAGGAAAAAAUUGUUUUGUUAUUUUCUUGUCUUUUUCUGAUUUUCUUUUAUUAUUUUUUUUUUAUUUAUUAUUUAUGCUUAUUGUGUGUACUUUUGAGUUUAAAUCUAGUUUAUAAAUUAUUUGUUCUUGAAUCA